AUGGAUGUUCAAGCAUGGUAUUUGAGAACUUCAAAGCUGGCUCUGGCCUUGGCAAUUAUCCGCUCAAAACCAGCAGAAAAAAGUAGCAGAGAAUACACAAAGUACCUUGCAAUGUUAGUGUCUGAGCAGGAUUCGAAGUGGAGAUCAAAAGUCGAAGCCUUGGAAGCUGAAGUUCUGCAAUUGCGUCAAAAACUUCUUCUAAGCAGGAUUUGUUCAGGAUCCUCUGAGAGUGGAAAUGUAUCUUUGCAGUUGCAGGCUCAGGAACCUGGAAGUUCUGAAAAUACAUUAACUCUGAUGGAAGAUUCUGGGUGUGAUCUAUUAAAUGAGGAGAGAACUGAACCUUCAGAGCUGUCCCAGCAUUCUGUGGAGAGCUGCACUCCCACACUCUUUCCACCACUGCCUCUUAUGAAAAGACCUUGUGCUGUCGUGGAAAAUCCUCUGUCUUCUCACAUGCAAUUCUUUCAACAUCUGCUUGAACUGAAGAACUUGACGGAAUCAGGUGAUCUGAAAACAGACUUAACCCACUUUGAAAAAGACUUGUCUACAGUCUCUGAUUCUGUUCUUCGGUUGCUUGAUGGCCUGAUCACUUUUUACCAUAAUCCUACACUUCCUUUUUCAAGCUUUUGGACAGAAGCUAUUGGUACUUUAGCUAGACUGAUCAGUGAUUAUAACUUAUCUAAUCAUAUUCUUAAAAACUGUUCCAAGAAGUUGGAAGAAUUUGAGAAAACCCUACUACAGGUUAUUUUAGGGAACCAUCAUAUAAAUCGGUUUCAGGUGCAGCAUUAUGUCUCUCAGAGUCUGGUAACCCUGGGAAGUUGCAACUUGUUGAGAAAAUCCAUUAUCUCUCUGCUUCUAUCAGAAGUAAACAGCUUUGCUGAUGAUCUGGGAGCCAUCAGUCAGGUGCAAGCCAGUUAUGAUGUGACUCGCUAUGAAAAUAUUUGCUCCCUGUUCUGGGUUCUGGAGCAGCUUCUCCAAAAGGAAACCAAGGAAGACAGCACUUCAUGUAUAGGGCAUGAUGACAAAGAAAUCAAGAAAUUUCUUCAGAAGCGUGAUGAAACUAUUUUCCAACUUUCUGAUACAUUUCCUUUAUUUACUUUUUAUUUAUGGAGACUGGGAAUUCUCUUGAACGCAGCAGAGAUAGAAACUGUUGAAAAUAACUCACUUUCUUAG